ACUAAUAAUGGACGUUUCACCAAUUCCCUUACCAUACGGAAAAUCUUAUCACUUAUUCUUGUCCUUCUGUCAAGAAGAUGAAGAACGAGCUUAUUCUUUGUUACUGAAACUGGAAGACAAAUACCAGCUCAAGUGUUUAUAUCACUUAAGAGACUUCAAACCUGGAGUUCAUGUAACGGAAAACAUUUUGGAUGGCAUCGAAAAAAGCAUGAAAAUAGUUUAUCUCGUGUCUCAGAAAUUCAAAGAAAGUCAACUUUGCAAAAUGGAAAUUUUAUACGGAAUCAUGGCGGCACAUAAACAAUGUGAGAACAGUUUGAUUCCAGUUUUACUGGAGUCGAUUGAAAUGCCUCGGGAGUUGCAGACUAUUAACUAUGUUGACGGAACAUUCGGUGAAACAGAUAUAGCAUGUAAAAUUUACAACGCUUGCCUUUUCGGGGCGAAUGAAAGCUGCAUACUUCCAAACGUAAUCCCCUUUCAGGAUAUGUCAAACGGAAUGCCAUUGCGAGUUAUUCGAAGAAUAAAGAGUACUGUUUGGUGCAUCCCUGUAACUCGAUUCUUAGAAGAUAGGAAUGAACACAAAAAAGUGAAAGAUGAAGCUCGAUCUCGACAAAUUGAUGAGUUGUGCAAUGAAAUAGUGGAUGACUUAAACUCAAGUACGUUUACAAAAAGGCACUUUUUGUACAAUGACAUAUUCUGGCGUAUUUUGUGGUGUUUUCUCGUGUUGGGGGCUCCAGCUCUUGCCGUGUUGCCACUCUUGAUUUUCCUUGUGACCGUCAGAGAUAUAACAGAAGAUACACUAGCAGGUGUUUGUUCUACACUUGUAAUUGUUCCUAUCAUCGCAGUAUCUAUCAUAGUCUACUGCGGGUUCUGCCAAUUUGUACCAAAGAGAGAAACCCUUCUCAGUACAAUUACAUGGAAAUAUCUGCGUGAAAACUACAAAACGUUAAAGGUUCUUCCACUUGUGAGAUCAACUGAGGAGGUUGUCAUCCUUAACUACGAUACAGAUCCAUGUAAGAAGUUUUGUGUUUUUGCUUUAAAACGGAAUAUUAAGGAUGAAGACGAAAUUCAGAGAAAAGCUGAUUCCAUGAUACUGGCUUUCAUUUACAGAGGACAAACAUUAUUAGCAAACUGGUUUGGUUUGGAGGACUUCAAGUAUGAUCGCCAUAACACUUAUUAUCAGAAAAAAUGUAUUUGCCAGUACCUUGAACCCAGACUUGUUUCAGACUCGUUUUUUGAUAAUUAAUGACCAUAACGCUUUGUUUUGAAGCACCAUCAAAGAUGUGUCUUUUGGUGUUUUUAUGUGUCCGAUUCACUCUACAGCUUUUAAAUGCAACAAGACUUAGCAAAAAGAUUAGGUUUUUCGUGUGUGUAGAGAUAUUAACUUAACAAGCUUAUUAAUACCGUUAAUAUAAAUUUUGCAUCGGUAUCUAUCGGCUGUAUUGCUAAAGUAUGGAAUAUCAUUUUAUCCCACAGCAACUAAAUUUAAUUGACUUGAAUGAAC